UCAACAUUUAAUUUGCGAUAUCCUUUCGGUGGUUUGGACCAUCUUAUCUCUUUCUCCACAGGCUUAUUCUGAGAAAGUAGAUACAUUAUUCACUUUGCAGUGGAAGUAUAACUAACUUAGACGGUGUAUACCGCACACCAGGUUACUACUUUUAUUCCGGCCGUCUGAGAUUCAUGGGUUCACUAAAAGUACAGACAGUAUACUCAUAAUCUUCGAUUACUGUUUCAGCGAAGCCACUUGUGAUAGUGCUGUGUGCAGUCCCGACAUCGACAUCUUUGAUUUGUGCCAUAGCUGGGGUGGUAUAGUGUCUAUGGCUUUGAUUAAUUAAAUGUUCACUGAACAGAUUGUAGUCCAAAUGUUGGAAUGCCGUUUAUGACGUCAUGGUGAGUUGGACACCAGUAUGAUGUUAUUAUUGUAUAACAAGUUGGCGAUCUGAUAUUUCCAUCGUAAUUGGAUUGGUGCUUGCUUGUGAUAUUGGAGAACAUAAUCUCUGGUGAUUUGUCAGAUAAAAAUAGUUUUGGUUUCUGCUAACACAAACGGCAAAAUUCGGUCAAAAAAUUCUUUUUGAUGCAGUAGGUAGUGGGAGCAUAUAUAUCCAGUUAUGCAUGGCAGGAGCUGGGAGGCUGCCAUGUCCACUUCUAUUUUUGGAGCAUCAGAUUCCACCUCAUCUGUUGCCCCCCAGAUCGAUGGAGAUGGCUGCAACCAAACGGAUUCCCCUGUCCCCAUCCUACAACAUCAGCAAAACACUCAAUUCCAUCUGCAAACAGCGGAGAAAUCCUGUCUCUACACCGCAGCUGCACCCCUGUUUGCAGGGAUGGGAGGUGCAGCUUCCAGGUUCGCUGCCCCGAUGAAGCAGCGGCGGGUGGAGAGGGACCUCGACAACAAGGUGGUGGAGGCACUCCGGGAGAGGGCGAGGACCAGGAAGAAGACAUUCAAGUCGGUGAACAGCAUCACCAUGCGCCUCCCUCGCUUCAAGGAUGGCCUCAGGGACAUGAGGGACGUCUUCGACCACUACGACGGGGACUCGAACGGGUCGAUCGACAAUGAGGAGCUGAGGAGAUGUCUGAGGCAGCUCCAGGUUCAGAUGUCGGAGAAGGAGGUCGACGAUGUCCAUCGCUAUUGCGAUAUAGACAAUAGAGAGGGGAUCCAGUUCCAGGAGUUUGUCGUCCUCCUAUGCCUCAUGUACCUUCUAUUCGGCCCAAACGUCACACGACAGGUUUCUGAGUUUGAAUCGGCGAAGCUCAACUACGUAUUUGAUGAGCUCAUCGACGCCUUCCUGUUCUUCAACAAGGAAGGGGACGGCAAGAUGAGGAGGAAAGACGUCACUCAGAGGAUGAACGAGGCAUCUCAUCAGGAGAGGACACCCAGCCACAUUACAACACAGCUAUUCAAGGAGAUGGACCUGGACAGGAAUGGCAAGGUGAACCUGAAGGAGUUCCUCUUUGCGAUGAUAAGAUGGGCAGGGCUUGAAACUGAUGAAGAUGAUAGCAAUGACACUUCUCCUUAGUACUUGCUUAGACUUUCUUUUUAUCAGUUUGACAGAAUAAAUCACCAUUUGAAAGUUGGUAUCUGUUUUAUGAGAAGGUGAAAACAUCUGUUAUGGCAUUAGCUGGUGAGCUCACAAGUUACCACUCACCAGGUUUGCCUGUAAUUAACCUCAAAUGUUCAGGAAUACAUGACAGCGAAUAUACUUGCUAUGAAA